AAGGAGCCGUAAAUAAAUAUGCAUAUAUAGUUUCGGAAAAGCGUAGAAAAAAAGCUACAACAAGGUCGAUUCGAGUUCGACUCCCAAUCUUAGCUAUUAGCUACACUACACUCCAUUCCUAUUUAUACAUAUUAUAUAACGCAACUCCUUCUCUCUCUCUCUCUCUUCUACUCUCUCUCUCUGUCCCAUCCUUGUGGCGGGCACCCCUUUUAUAUUGUCCCUCUUCUUCAUUUCAUCAUCAUUAUUGUUAUUGUUUUCCCAGGACUUCCUUUUACGCAGAACCCCCCACAAACAGAAAACAUGAUUAGACUAUUUAAAGUGAAGGAGAAACAAAGAGAACUUGCUGAAAAUGCCAAUGGUGGGGCACCUGUUAAGAAGCAGUCUGCUGGGGAGCUGCGUCUUCAUAAAGAUAUAACUGAACUGAACCUACCGAAAUCAUGUGCCAUUGCUUUCCCAAGUGGCAAGGAUGACCUGAUGAAUUUUGAGGUUACAAUUCGUCCUGAUGAAGGAUAUUAUCUAGGUGGCACAUUUUUGUUCUCUUUCCAGGUUUCGCCCAUUUAUCCACACGAGGCACCAAAAGUUAAGUGUAAGACCAAGCAGGUCUACCAUCCUAAUAUUGACUUGGAAGGAAAUGUAUGUCUGAACAUCUUGAGAGAAGAUUGGAAACCUGUUCUCAAUAUAAACACUAUAAUCUACGGAUUGUAUCAUCUUUUCACGGAGCCAAACUACGAGGAUCCCCUGAAUCACGAUGCAGCCGCAGUGUUGAGAGACAACCCAAAGAUGUUUGAAUCCAAUGUGAGAAGGGCUAUGGCUGGUGGGUAUGUGGGGCAAACCUCCUUCCCACGCUGUAUGUAGCCUUUUGUAUGGUAAUCAAGGGCCAAUGGUUAUAAUAUAUUGGACGCUUCAAUGGAUGUGGGUUGUAAAAUUUUACAUGCAAAGUACAUUUUCUUCCCAUUUCUUUUUCUUUUCUUUUUCCCCUUUAUUUUUCCCCCCUAUUCGUCAAUGGAGCUGGCCAUUUAUUUCCAUUAAGACUUAUCAACUGAAAACCUAGAUGGAAUUGUGUAUGUGACUAAACUAUGUUGUUAUUUGACAUUUUAUUAUAUUAUUAUGUAUGCCUUACUUUUCUUCUUAA